UUAAUUGGUGCUAACAACACCGAGGGGGACAGAUGGCAAGUAUCGCCGGUCAUAUAGGACCCUGGUGCCGUCGGACGAAUCUCACCAGCAGAGUCUACAGGUGGCUAUCUAGGUAUGAUUGUCAGCCCAGGCUCGACGGUUCCCACGAUACCCCCUGUCUCUCAUCACGCGGCUGCAGCAAACUCUAACGGACCCGCAUUCACCUCGCUCGUUCCGUCGGGUAAACAAUUUUUUCCACCCCACUACAACUCGUUUCGUACUCAACAGCAACGCCCAGAGCGGUCGAGAUGCACCAGAGGGGGGGGGGGGGGGGGCGGACAGUCCGAUGCUCAAUAUAUAGCUCACAGGUGUCGAUGACGGCCGUGCGCGGAUUGGCACCCUUCCUCCUCUCCCUCGGGGCGUUGGACGGAAUUUGGAGCAACCAAUUCGAACGAAGCCGCCCCAAUCGGACUAGGCGGGCACGGUAUCACGGAAGGCCGGAAAAGUGUACUCAGUUGUCCGGCCCUACGGCGGCCAACGUUGUCUCCUGCUUACGAGAACUUGCCCAUGGCGAGUCAGGUUCGGCAUGGUACGCUGCAGUAUGGUUUCGUGUCCGAGAAACAAAUCUACGUUUGCAUCAGGGAUCACCAUGGGGGGACGCGAGGGAGAGGGGCGAACGGCUGCAGACGUCGACAAAGACCCGGUUCGACAAAAUGACAACCGCCCAAAAGACCUUUAACAACAGAGUUGUUUUUAAAUCGGACCUUUUGUUGACUGGCUUGUAUACGACGGAGCGGGAGUGGUCGCGCUUGGCUUGGCUGGUAGUCAGCGGCGUUGGCUUGGAUUCACGAGCCAAUUAUGAUGGAUGGAGGGCGGCUGGGUGAUGGCUUUGGCGAUCUGGGAGGGCACAGCCACGUGUGUGGCGUUUCUAGCAAACGGGCGGUCGGGCAGAC